GACACAAGCCCACUCACAGGAAAGGCUGGGUGAGGUAGAAUGGGAAGUGCACCACGUUUUGCUGGAUUAUAAAGCAUUUAUUCGUUUUUCCUUUCUCGCACUGCGGAAGAAGAUUAGCAAGCUGGAAACCUCUGGUCAAUAACAAAACACGGGCAAGAAAGCCAGAGCCAGGGCUCUUCUAAUGAGGACUGCCUCAUUGCGGGCCUCUGCGAGUCUACAAGAGGCCGUAUGGCGGACCGGCGUGGUCAGCACACUCCACAGCACAACGGCCAACCGCGAGAGGCCUUGCCUGGAGCCCAGUCACCUGGGCGUCAGUCUCCACUGCUCUCUGGAGCCACCUCCCUCAUCUCCCUCACACAGACAGAAGAGCUAUUUGACCUGAUAGCCAGCUCACAGAGCCGCAGGCUGGACGACCAGCGGGCCAGUAUAGGAGAUCGACUGGGCAUCACGAUAACCCAGAACAAUGUUGGCCAUCUUUGUGAAGCCUGCAAUCCACAGGAGCCUAGUGAUGAAUUCUUCAAUAUGCUCAUAAAAUAUCAGUCCACCAGGAUUAAUGACCAGAGGUGCUCCCUGCCUCCAGCUCCAGAUCCGGAUGAAGACUUUUUCAGUCUCAUUCAGAGAGUGCAGGCUAAACGUAUGGAUGAACAGCGAGUCUCAUUUCAUCUGGAUGAGAAGGAUGACACAGACUCUGAGCCCAAGUCCAAGCCUUCUGAAGAAGACUCCAGUUAGAGACUGCUGCUGCACUUCACUGCCCUCAUUAAGCACUGACAACAUCCUGGAGCACAUUUCUGAGAGAGAAACAUUGCAGUUGUUGCUGGAAUUGGUAGACCUCUUGGCUACUUGCCUCAGCUUUGCUGCAUAAAGUCUAGACCAUUCUUUCCCAACUGUGGUCCUCUGGUGCUCCCGCACUGCAUAUUUUGACUCCACCUCAUGUAUGCUUGGGAUGAUUUGAUGAUAUCAUCACAAUACCACAGCAGAAUUAUUCUGUGGUGGUUUGAAACAAAUCACAAGUCAGACUCAAAAGAUACAAAUAUCAAAUCUUGGAAUUUUUGCUAAAAGCGCCGAAGUGCACAACAAAUGAGUCUGAGAUUAAUAGAAUGCAUAAAAGAGACACAAGUAGCUAGUUUUUGCACAGUUGUUUUGCACCGCCAAAUUAGCAAUGUAGAUGACUAGGGAUGUGCAUUCAGAUUAAUUUUGAUAUUUGACUAUCCCCAAGAGGUAGUGACCGGAUAUUUCAUUAACCACAAGGAAGAAGAAGAAAAAGGAAUUAUAGCACAUUAAUAUGUCAUAGAUCUUACUUAUAAUACACAAACAGGGUCGGUGCAUUGGAGGUAGCAGGCUAAAGCAUUUGGUAACAUGAAGGAAUACUUAGCAGAAAACAGCAGAAAACAAACAUAGCUAAGGGAGAUCUUUUGGUCACUGUGGGUCAAAAUGCUAAUAUUUUCAUGUAAGACAAGUCUUGAAUAAUGCUUCAGAUAAACUAACGAGCCAAUGCCAACCCUGGAGCUAACCAGCACAGCCUUAGACUUGUGAGCUCCUACACAAGACACUUUUCUUCUCAGUGAAUGAUGUGCCAGCAUAUUAGUUUGUUGAGGUACACUGAGAACAGAGAAAUGUAUUUGUCUCUUCUGUUAAUGCUAGCUGGAGUAGUUAGCCUAGGUACUGACUUAUCCAUCACACCUUUACUGUCAAGGGGAAUCAGACAUCACAAACAGGGUAUCAGUGAGGCUUGCUGAGCUAGCUGAGCACUUUCAGGUGAUGUUGGGGAGGGGUGGGAAAGGGAGAUGAAAGCUAUUAUUGAUGAAUAUUAUGCUUUCUUGCGCAGUGACAUUUCAGAUUACAGGAAAGCAAUAAUUUGUCUUUUAAAAUAUAUAAUGGAUCACAAUUCAAGGACAUGAAUCAAUGCGACCAAGGACAUGAAUUUACAAGGUACAAAAAGUCCAUUUUAAUUUCAGGUCAGCUUUAUAUAGUAUACUCGUGUUUUAUAGAAGUAAAGUAUGACGUAAUUUAACUUACAUACUUGAAUGAAAAAGAUGAGUAAAACUAUCCCAUCAGUUAGAACUUAGUGGCGCUUUGAAUCGCUGGCCUGUAUAUUUCUAUAUAUUUUUUCUGAUUUUUUCAUAUAUAUUGGCACCUCAAAAGAUUAACUGAGUACUAGAGAUCUCAUCCUUAUAGACUACAGAUUUUUCACACUGAGCAUGUUCUCUAACACGAAUGAUAGUUUUGUGUACCAGGAUAUUAAAAUAAAAUUCCGCCAAUUAUUAAAAAUUAAUAUUGCCCAACUCCACCCUCAUGUUCUAAAGCAUUCAUCUUCUUGAGGUUAAUACAGGUGCAUUCGAGCAAGUUAAACACUCCAAUAUAUAGCAGGGGCACUUGAGGACCACAGCAGGAAAACUGGCCUAGACUGAUAUGUUAGGACAAAAGACGGAGUUGAGGGAGACUUUAAUGUCUGAGGGAACAGAGCAAUUCAUCUGUUCUUCUGCCAACAGUUGCACUGUGAACGUGUUUGUUCAAAUUCCAAGUCAACAGCACUAUGGAAAAUUAUUAACAUAUUGAUGAUUUUUUUAAGGGUAAUGGAACUAACUGCUGUCACACAAAACAACCUAGAUCAGUGUCACAACAGCUGUCGCUCAUAAUUUGCAAGCAGAUAUGUUUACGUUUAAGUGGAAAAAAAAUGUUACAAAACGCACUGAAUAUGAAGCUGUUGAUUCCUGGCAGAUGGGAUGUGUUGUAUUUGAUAUAUGGCAUGGGACACCUCUGGUUUCAAUAGGCUGAUUCUUUAGAUAAGUAAGAAAAAUAAAACAAACUAAUAAAAACAACUAAAGAAGGUAUACUCCCAGCUGACCUGAUUAGCACAGGCUGGAACAGUGAUUUUCAGUAAAGUUUAAAUAAAGUUUUUGCAUACAUUUUUGCUUAGUAAAACAUAUCAAUAGAUUAUUCUUUUAAAUCACUAUAUAACCUUUUUUAAGUUUCAAUGAAUAAAAUGAGUGUUUUUAGUAUGGCUGUUCAUUAUUUUCUCUAAAAAAAGACACAAGAUUGCAUAAUCACAGCCUAACUCAUAAAUGUUCAAUAACUUAUCACAUUUGGCCAGAGCAGCUGGUAUGGUUUUCACACGCUUACUCAUAGUAGACUGAGCCAGGUUCAUGACUCUCUUUUCCAUCAGCAUGAGUGCAAACAGCAAGUGUUGAUUAUAGGCAUCAC